AUGGGCAGAGAGACUAAAUCUCCCGCUGAAGAGGAGGAGCAACCUCCCCCGCUACCGCCUCGCAAAAAUAUUACUGGCACCGCCGAAUCCAGGGCCUUGCAGGCCCACGCUACCACAGCGUUGACCUCGGUGGACAUCCAAACGCUAUCCUUCCCUGACGGAUCUCGAGGAACGUUUUCAACACCCGGCACUAGAUCAGUGUCUACACCGUUGAGCAGCGGCUAUGACUCCCCUGGAUAUAAAGCCAGCGUGUCUGGUGGGGAAGGGCCCGAUGAUGCUGCGAGUAUGAUGAGCUUUGCGCCAACAAUGCGACCGCCUGGUGAUAUUGCCAGCCUCAUGGUUUCCGACUUCCACAAGCGUAGUCCAGCUUGGAACAUGCUUCAAUCUCAAACGGCAACAGUCCAACCAUUUGAACGACAUCGCUCUGGAGCUCUAGACGGACUUGCCAACUUUGAAGACGAGUUUCAAGCCAUUCCGUCCCAAGAGAACGAAACUUUCAAAGACGAGGAGCGUCUAUCCAUGUGGAAGUCAAAACGGAAGCAUUACAUGAUUCUCUCAUCUGCGGGCAAACCCAUUUGGAGUCGACACGGGGAUCUCGAUCUCAUCAAUUCCUCUAUUGGCGUCAUUCAGACCAUCAUCUCAUUCUACGAGGGGGCUAAGAACCCACUACAAGGCUUCACGGCGGGCGACACAAGAUUUGUCGUGUUGACUGAAGGCCCUCUCCAUCUCGUCGCCAUAAGUAAGCUUGGCGAGAGUGAUGCGCAGCUCCGGUCACAACUCGAGGCUCUGUAUAUGCAAAUUCUCUCCACAUUGACAUUGCCGACGCUCAAGAAUAUAUUCGUCAAUCGACCAUCCUCUGACUUGCGCAAACCGCUGCAAGGUACAGAGUCACUGCUCUCCUCUUUAGCAGAUACAUUCACCAUGGGCUCUGCAUCGGCUUUACUGGGGUCGCUGGAGUGCCUGAAACUGCGCAAGUCUGAAAGACAUGCCAUCAACAAUACGUUCUUGAAGCUUCGAACUGACAAGCUUCUUUACGGGCUCAUUGUCGCCGGCGGUAAACUUGUGAGCGUCAUACGACCGCGGCGACAUUCACUACACCCUAGCGAUUUGCAGCUCAUCUUCAAUAUGUUAUUCGAGUCGGACGGAAUCAAGGGAGGCGGCGGCGAAAACUGGAUACCCAUCUGUCUUCCCGCAUUCAAUAACAAGGGCUACUUGUACAUGUAUGUCAGUUUUUUCGAAGAUGGGCCCCAAGGGCAAACAACUACGUCUGAAUCAACAAGCGCGCAAGCGACGAAUGAAGAGAUUGCAAUGAUUUUGAUUAGCGCCGACAAGGAAAGCUUCUUCAAUCUCAAGCAAAUGCGCGAUGAUGUUGCGCAGGCGUUAGCGAAAAGCGGCAGCUUGGCCAUUAUUCGCAAAGCAGCGAGCGCCGGCCGGCCGAUUAUAUCUCAAAUCGUGCCGGGAAGCCAAGUCAGCCACUUUCUGUACAAGUCGCGAGCAAAUGUCCAGUUUUGCGCGUCGUCGCUACAGCCAUCAUUUAGCAACGUUGUCGAGCGACGAAGACUAAUGUCGUUGUAUCACGAGCUGCACGCCUCUGUGCACGCUAAGCACUCGCAUCUUAAGGUUCUGCACUGCUCGAGUGAGGAGGCGACGUCGCUGGCAUGGAUUACGCCCGUCUUUGAGUUUUAUUGCGUCGGAGGACCCAACUUGUCGCGGGCGGCAAUGACUCAAGGUGCGAAUAAGAUUAUUCAAUGGGCAAAGAAGGAGGAACAGCGAAUAUUCAUCAUUGGCGGCGGUGUAUUUUAG